CUCCCUAUAGCCCAUACGACCACAACGACAGAAUUUGCAAGUACGCUUCCAUGAAGCUCCUCACCGUCGCCCUCGCUGGACUGGUGGCGCUCGUCGCUGCCUCGCCAGUCGAGACUACCAUCGCUGCUGCGGCUUCCGUGUACAAGAACGACGAUGUCCACAAGUGAGUCACUUCGCCUUCUCUCGAUGCCAUUAGAGGGUAACAUACUGAUUGUCAACAGAUACAAGUGCGAUAGUGACAAAUAUGUCCUCUCUUGUCUCCGCUCCGGCACCUGCUCUUUCGUCGAGAAUUGUUUCGUCAAGUGCAAAGUCAACAGCGACGGCGCCGAGUGCACCGGUUCAGCUACUGAUACCAGUGUUGAGAAUCAGGCUGUUGGCCGCCCUUCAGCCAUGCACCUGAGCAACGACGUAGUCAAGUACUCCUGCACCCAGGAUGAUUGGAUCCUCGCCUGCCCCGUCAACGCUGCUUGCGCCACCAUCGAGUACUGCCUGGUCAAGUGCAUUGCGAACGAGCGAGGUGCUGAGUGCUCGCCCGGUACAUCCGAGAAGCGUGAGAUCGAAUCCGAGGUCGAUAUCGAGGAGAAGAAGACCUACCAGUGCGCCAAGGAUCGCACUGGUGUCUUGGUUUGUCAGUACGGCUUCUGCCAAACUGACCACUAUUGCAACAGGGGCUGGAAGUGUCGCGACAAUUGCAAGUGCUGCAAGAAGUCCAACAUGUUUGCCCGAGAGAUUAACGACGUCGAGACUACUGAGGUAAGUUCACAGUCUAAGGACAUUCCCGCUGCCUUUCCAUCUGUCUCUUCUGCCCCAAUUGUUCCGACCACCACAUACGGUCCUUGCAGGCGAUACCAAGGAGGACUCUCAUAUUGUCGCGAGAGUAUCUCCAUGGCUUUCGUGUGCGACCCUGCCGACUACAUGUGGAAGCCGAUUAGCAAGUGUGCUGGUCGCGCUUGAUGUAUGCUGCAAGUCCUCUCAACUGAGAUGCAUCGUCAACACAAGAGCUUGAUUUAUGCUGCAAAGCGCAUCGCGACAAUUCGAAUGCAGCUAACAA